CACGCCAUCAGCAACCUUAUUAAUUCACAUAUAUCUACAUCAACUUACCAUCUUCCUCUUACCCACCUACACCAACACAUCAAUCACCACCAUGAACAGCAUCAUCACCCUCCUCCUCGCCGGCACCGCCGCCCUCGCCGCGCCCCUGCAACCCCAAGCAACCGCAACCAACGCAACCUGCCUCGAGCGCUCGCAGCAGCUUCAGCACUGGAACGUCGAAAAGUUCGACUUCCACUCGUCCUACAUCUUCACCAACCCAGCCCACCAAAACUCCCACGGCUACGUCAACUUCACCCUCGCCAACCCAGCCCUCGACGAGACCGCCACCUGCACCGCCUCCUCCUCCCAGCUGUCCGAGUUCUUCUACGGUAACCAGGUCUUUAACUGCGACGUGCCCGCCUCUCUCGGCGGGCCCGCGACGUUUACGUAUUCGCGCACCACGGGCGAUCUCCAGAUCAACCAGACCUGGACGUGUCCCGACGAGCAGGCGCGCUUCUCGGCCAUGGGCGGCGUCACGCUCGACCUCCACUGCCGAGACGAGACGUGGCAGAACCCGGACUGGGAGCAGGGCCAGUUCUACUCGGUGCGGACGGUGACGUGCAACCACGUCGAUGCGCAGGCGCCGAUUCGGGAAAUUAGCGGGAUCCGCAGGAAGGUCUGAUGUGUCUUGUCUUGUCUUCUCUUCUUGGUGGAUAUUUAAUGGCGUUGCGGUAGAUUAUCUGGGUAAUGAAUACAAUGACAUGAUUACACGUGCUGCGGCCUGCCGGUGAAACAAGUGCUGGCAUUCACCCUCGCCAGUUUUCAUGGCGACUCCGACCUCUACGAAAACUGGAAUGCGUCCUCGACACGCCCAGACGCCCAGUCCAUCAACCACGCAUCAAGCUCGGGUCCCCACGCAAUCGGCGCCCCGUCAACCCCAUGCGACCCCU